UCCAAUUUGGAACGAUAAAGAAAAGCCUGAGGAUGGCCUAUCCAAAUAGGCCGAAAACGUUUGAAUAAAGAGAAAAAUACUCGGCAAGUAGAAUUCAGAUUUCCUCCUCCCAUCCGCGGGGAAACGGGUGGAAAGUAUAGCGCAGAUACGUAAGACGAUAGACCCUCGGACGAUCCCUUUUGUAAAAGUCCGAAGGAAAAAGAAAUGGAGAAUGCUCGGUCCAUAAGAGGAAUUAAGGCGCUUCCUACUUCGUUAUCGGAGGGAUUAACACGCGAGCAAACGUCAUCGUGGUAGGAAUGCGCCGAAAAAAAAAGGCGAGCGACCGCCGUGGGCGAUCGAGUGUCGACUGGUGUCAGAAGACGCCAUGACCGUCGACCGGGACGAAGACCGCGGCGAGUACGACCGACUCAGACAAUCGUGGCUGACCGUGGAGGACUUGGAGGAGAAGAGGAGCAUCAGGAAGAAGAUGCUGGAGAUGAGGAAUCGCAGAGUAACCCGAGAAACUGGGAGGACUUUGGAGCGGAAAAGAGGCGGCGGACGGAGAAGAAGAGCUUGGACGGAAGGAGGAAGCGGAGAAGAGAAAACGAAGAAGAAGAAUGCCGACUCGAAGGCCACUCGAGGAGUCCGGGAAGGAGGUCGAGUGCGAAAGAAGGUGGAGAAGUUGGAAAAUGCCGGCUGCGUAGAAAAAUCGAUCCAGGUAAAGAAGAAAUCGCGCGAGAUGUCGGGGGCGGACGGAGUCGAUCUGAAUAGCAUCGAAGACGAAGUUCGGCUCUACGAGAUGUUGGACGCCACCGAGGACUUCGACGAGAGGAAGAAGAUCCGAGCCAGACUGAAAGAAGUACAGACCGCUCUCAGAGCCAAACGAGACGAAAUGAUGAGGAAGAGGGAGGAGGAGCGAGAGCGCGCCAUUAGGGAGAGAUUUCAGGAGGCGGCGGAACAAAAGAAGAGGACCCUAGCCAUGUACGACCAGAUGGCCAAGUCUUCUCCCGCCGGAGGUCCCAAGACUCUGGAUGUCAACACCUACAAGAAUGCCGACGGUACGACUAAAGAAGCGGCGAUUCCGGCGCCCAAACGAGACCUGGUGGAGGAGGGCAUUCAACAGAGGAAGAGGGAGGCUGACGAGAGAAAGAGGAGGAUUUUAGCCGCCUACGACGCCGCUGCCAAGUCCGGCGCUCCGGGACCCAAAUCCCUCGACAUCGACACCUUACAAAAACCUGAAGUUCCGGAACCGACCCCUGCCAAACCCACGCCCAGCUGCACUUUCGCCAUGUCCGGUGGAAUUCCUCAAAUAUCCAAAGAAAACCAGGCGAAAACGUCGGCCAGGUCCAAGUUUCAGCAGAUGGACGCCAACGUGGCCAAACCGCAAGGUGCCAACAGACCCAACUUUAGAGCCCCCGGAGUGGGUCGAAGCGCCAGCGAUGUCAAGGAGAUGCUCCUAUCUUGGUGCAAGAAUAAGACUAAAGGAUAUCAAAAUGUGGACAUCCAAAAUUUCUCGACCAGUUGGAACGACGGAAUGGCCUUUUGCGCUCUCAUCCACCACUUCCAUCCGGACGCUUUCGAUUUCAACGCUCUCAACCCGAAGAAUAGGAGGAAGAACUUCGAGUUGGCCUUCCGAGUGGCGGAAGAGAAGUCGAACAUCGCUCCGUUGCUGGACGUGGAAGACAUGGUGCUGAUGAAGAAACCUGACUGGAAAUGCGUCUUCACCUACGUCCAGAGCCUGUAUCGUCACCUGCACGAUCUGGACUGAAACUGCCUGUUCCUUUUCGUUUCUCCGGAUUUUCCGAGAACCCGAUUUUUAGGAGGUUCUUCCAACGUCCUUUAACUUUUUAUCAUUUUUUACCGUUUUUUUUUGCCGCGGACUAACGCCGUAAACUAUUUGUGAAAUCGAGUUUUUAUAAUUUUCGAAUGGGAUAGAAUGCGCUGCCGAAUCUGUAAAUAUGGAAAUAAAUCAUUAUCGAUCACGUU